UAUUAAUUAGGUUAAAAUUACAAGAAUCUAAAUAUUUUUACAUUAUAUUUUUAAAAUAUAAUUCAUGGAUUCUAUUUUACUUUAGGUUUUUAAGGAUUCACUUUACACAUUAGUCAUUGGAGUAAUUUUUAAUGGAAGGAGAAAAUCCCCUGAAAUGCUUCAGAAUACACCGUUUUGGUAACAUUUCUAAAUCUGAUGAAGUUAUUUUGGGAAUCGACGAGGCUGGAAGAGGCCCUGUUUUAGGUCCAAUGGUUUAUGGAGGAUUUUUUUGCAUAAAGGGAGAUGAUUGUAAAUCUAUACUCAAAAAUAAGAUAAGAGUUGAUGAUUCUAAAAAACUAACUGAGACUAUGAGGGAGAACAAAUUUUACCAGCUGAAUGAUCCUAAUUAUCCCUUUGGAGUUGUUGCUGAGGUGAUAACUCCUCAGUAUAUUAGCUAUAAAAUGCUUCAAAGGGAUAAAUAUAAUUUGAACGAGAUAUCUCACGACACCGCAAUUUCCAUUAUUCGUCAUGUUUUAGAUCAUGGUUAUAAUCUAAAAGAAGUCUACAUAGAUGCAGUUGGUACAGUAAACAAAUACGAAGCCAAGCUCUCCAAGUUGUUUCCAAAAAUACACUUCUCUGUAAGGGAGAAGGCCGAUUCUAUUUACCCUACAGUCAGUGCAGCUUCAAUUGUUGCGAAAGUAAUAAGGGAUAACAUAAUAAAAAAUUGGAAAUUUGAUUUUGAAGUAGAAAAUAUAGGGUCUGGAUACCCUGGUGACCCUUACACUAAAGACUUUCUGACAAAUAACAUGGACAAAAUCUUUGGAUUCCCUGAUAUUGUUCGUUACAGCUGGUCCACUGCUAGUCAUUUAUUGAAUGGGCCUGACGGUGUUGAGGUCGAAUGGUAUGACGAGGAGAUUGUUCACUCUAAAAAGAACGAUUUGCCUAGUCCUCUCUGUUAUACUAUUAAAAAUGUAACAAAAUUUUAAUUAAAAUAUUAUAUUCUGGUUUA